AUGCAUUUGCGAGGUCAAGGAGAAUAUACACCAUGGUUCAAUAGGUUCGGACAUCCAACACACUACCUUGUUCAAGUUGUGGUAAAUGGAGAAUUGCCAGAGGAUGAUAUCACUGGAUUUGCGCAGUGGAGAAGGAUGUGGGAAAGAAAAGGAUGGGCAUCUAUUGUACUUCUACGAUAUCUUCUUGAG